GAGUCAUUUAUAAAAAUUUAAUGGUGGUGUACGGUUCGUUCAGCUCGCAACGCGUCGCAACGUUUCGAUUUGUUGGUCAGUGAAAAAUUUCAGCAAAUAAGGAAAUUGUAUUGUGCAUAGCCUAUUGUCGCCGCGCGUCGUGAAUUACACUGUAACAAGUAAAAAUACAAGCAAUAUACAACAAAUUUUCAAAAAAAAACCAACAACAAACAAAAAUAAAACCAAAUAAAAGCGCGUCGCGUCUAAAAUUGCAAAUUGCGAAUUGCAAUACAAAGUCUGAAACGUGAAGCCGAAAAGCGGAGAAGAGAGCAGUGUACAAAAAAAAACAGCUAUUCAAAGAAGCGGCAGAAACGCAAAACAUACAUAAAAUACAACAAAAGCAACAAUAAUAGCAGAAACAACUACAACAACAACACUCAACAGCAACUACAGCUACAAUUGAGAAAAAACUGCGAAAACUAAAUACAAACGCUAAGCAACAGUAUUUUUGCUCAACAUUAACGUAAACAAAUACUAAGCAUAAUAUACUAGAAAUUCUAUGCAAAAUCGUAUCUAGCAGUGAUUAUUUGUUGCAUUUUUUAAUCGAAGGAAAACCUCAAAAAAGAGAAAAGAAAAACAGCAAAAGGAAAGCAGAAAGCCACAAGAGAGACGAGGAUUAAUAGAACGCAGCGAGCUUAAGCCAACAAAACAAAAAUAUAUAAAAGUAAAAAUAUAAACGUAGUACGAUUAGUAAAAGACACCACCAAUUUAAUUUUCAAAAGAAACUAAAAAAAGGGAAAUAAAAAUAAUAAAUUAAACAAAACCAGAUUAGCCAAAAUUCAAAUAGAUGUCGGUGUGCAUUAUAUUUUGAUCAUAUAUGAACAAUAUACUGUACAUAUAGCAAGUAUAUAUAUCAAAUAUAUAUAUAUAUUUACAACUUUAGCCAUAAAUCGCAGCUAAAAGACAAACAGUUCAAGGAUAACACGAAGCGAGAAAAGAUCUAGUAACGACCGUCAAUCGGUCAACACUUUGAAGAUAAUUAACAAUAUAAAAGACAGAGCAGAGAGCACAGAGCACAUCAUAUAAACAAUAUUAUAAAUAUAAAGCAACAACAACAAAAACAAAACAAAUAAUAAUGGAGGACAAUAACACAAGCAGCAGUGCGAGCGGUGCGCCCAUCAAACUGGAGGAUCCAUCGGUGACACUCACAAUAAGGCUGAUUAUGCAAGGAAAGGAAGUUGGUAGUAUUAUUGGUAAAAAGGGUGAAAUUGUCAACAGAUUUCGCGAAGAGUCUGGUGCCAAAAUUAACAUUUCGGAUGGCUCAUGCCCGGAACGCAUUGUAACGGUAUCUGGCACAACAAAUGCAAUCUUCUCGGCAUUUACGCUAAUUACAAAGAAAUUUGAAGAGUGGUGCUCGCAGUUCAAUGAUGUUGGCAAAGUUGGUAAAACUCAAAUACCCAUUCGAUUGAUUGUGCCCGCCAGUCAAUGUGGAUCGUUAAUUGGAAAGAGUGGCUCAAAGAUUAAGGAAAUACGCCAAACCACAGGCUGCUCCAUACAGGUGGCCAGCGAAAUGUUGCCAAACUCCACGGAGCGUGCGGUUACUUUGAGUGGCAGCGCUGAGCAGAUAACCCAAUGCAUCUAUCAGAUAUGUCUUGUCAUGUUGGAGUCCCCGCCACGCGGUGCUACCAUACCGUAUCGACCAAAGCCUCAAGUAACUGGACCCGUUAUCCUGGCCAACGGACAGGCCUUUACCAUACAGGGCAAUUAUGCGGUGCCCACACAAGAGACCUGUCCAGUAUUUCCACUUGCUUUGGCUACCGGUGGUCUACAUGCUGGUAUUUCAGGCUUAGCGGAUCCUUUGUUAAAGGGGGCACAUUUACCAGGAGCGGUACCAGCACACCACCAUCACCUACAGCAAAUGCCCGAUGUUGCCAAGAAUCCUUUGGCCAGUUUGGCUGCCUUGGGCCUGGCCGGCAUGACGCCCGCCAGCACCGGUGGCAUAAAUCACACAGCUCUGGCUGCCUUGGCUGGCUCGCAGCUGCGUACGGCCAAUGCGAAUCGGGCACAGCAGCAGCAGCACGAGAUGACAGUCUCGAAUGAUUUGAUUGGCUGCAUCAUUGGCAAGGGCGGCACCAAAAUUGCCGAAAUACGUCAGAUCUCCGGCGCAAUGAUACGCAUCUCCAACUGUGAGGAGCGCGAGGGCGGCAAUACCGAUCGCACCAUCACCAUAAGCGGUAAUCCGGAUUCUGUGGCAUUGGCCCAAUACUUAAUCAACAUGAGCGUUGAACUGCAGAAGGCCAAUCUUCAGGAUCAGGCAGCACAGAAUGGCACUGCUGGGCUGGCGGCAGCUGUUGGUGGUGUUGCCGCUGCUGGUGCUGCUGGCGCAGCUACAACAGCAACGACAACAACAACAACAGCAGCGGCGGCGGCAGCAGCAGCAGCCGCAGCAGCAGCAGUCGUUGCUGGCGGUGUCAAUGGCAACAGUUGCUUGUCGCUCAAUAACAACAACAGCAGCAACAAUAGCAGCAACAGCAGCAGCAAUGUGAGCGUCAACGGCAGCAACAGCGCCAGCAGCAACAAUAGCAACAGCUCGGCCAGCAGCAAUGGCAGCAGCAGCGCCGCCAAUUAUGUCACAAAUGGCACACAGAACAGCACCAACAACAACAACAACAAUAUCAGCAGCAACAACAACAACGGCAACAGCAACGCCGUAACUUUGGGCAUAAAUACAACAACAGCAGCAGCUGCUGCUGCUUUGGGCGGCAGUCCAUUAGCCUCCGCCUUGCAGCUGCUGACCAAACCGGGCGCACUCACCGCCCUAUCCAACCUAAGCGCCUUGGAUCUGCUCAGCCUGACCUCGCUGGGCAGCAAUGGCAAUAGCACGCCCGGCGGUCCGCCGGUCCAGACCACGGGCGUGAACCGUGCCAAGGGUCACUAUGCGACCUCGCGCUUCCGGCAGCAUCAGGCCGAGGCAGGCGUCGAGUCGGAAAAGGCGCGCAACAAGUUCAAUCCCUACUAGGGGUAGGCUAAAUAGUCGCGCAGCCCAAAAAGUAGACAAAGAAAAAAAAAAAAAGAAAAACAAAAACAAAAAUAAGUAAUGCGUAAUAAUUUGCUAAUUUAGUGCGAGUUUUAGUAGUAGCUUCGUCUAGUUCUUAAUACGUUUAUUAUAGCGUUGCGACAGCUUUAGAGUUUACAAAUUCUCGAAGAAUUUUACUCUAGUAAUACAGAUUUCAAACUAAUGUAUAAAAAAAAAAAGAUUGUAAAACUAUUUGCAAUUUGAAGACAAUUUUGAUAUAAGUUAGAUGAAAGCCCAAUUGCAACAGUAUCCAAAUUAGUUUGUAGUUCAGGCAAUAUAUAAAUUGUCAUAUACAUAUAUAUAUAU